CUCUCUCUGUCAGAAAUGUCUCACAAAAUUUCUCUAAAAAAGAAAACGUAAUACUAAUACCUCAUGAAGGUUGCAAGAAGUCGGGAACUCAAUGGAAGACAGGCGGCUAAAGCGCAGAUUAUGAAGAUUUUGUUUCGUGAAAACUGGUGCUUGCUUUAAGAUCAGUCUUGUUACCUUAGUUUCUUCUCAGUCUUUUCUUGCUUUUGUUUUUCUUGUUGCCAAAUUUUGCCAUGAAAUUCUUAAAAGAACAGGAAAUCGGGCGGUUCGGUGGUUUCACAAUGAGAGGCUUCUGUUCUUUUCUUGUUGCUCCUGCCAUCAUCGCUUGUUUGUCCUCCUGGACAGCAACCACUACCCUGGCUGACCCUCGGGCAACGGUGGUUCGUGAGUUCUGCAACAAAACCAUAGCUGACGGUCCUGGAGCAGUUUGGGCCGACAACUUUAUUGUCGCGUUUGACAAUGUAAACUCGGAUCUUGAGCAAAAGGGAUGGGGGAUAACUUCUGUUGGGAAAGACCCCAUUACCUACUACGGUCUCGUGCAAUGUCUGGAGGAUCUCAGCAAGGAGGACUGCACUCUGUGCUACUCAGAAAUAAGGUCUCUCCUUCCGAAAUGCUAUCCUGGAAUCGGAGGCCGGAUAUAUCUCGACGGCUGCUUCAUGAGGUACGCAAAUUACUCUUUCUUCGACGAGUUCUUGGACUCGCUGGAUACAAGUGUGUGCUCCUCCAGUAACCGCAGCUCAGGCCAGCAGGGCUUCAGUUCAGCUGUGAGCGCUGUAUUAAGUAAUGUGACUUCUCUGGCUGUCAAGAGCAACAAAGGCUUUGCAGUGAGUUCAGCAUCUAGAUCACCGCAAGUAGCAGCUUAUGCGCUUGCUCAAUGCUGGCAGAACCUGAACACAUCAAGCUGCGCAGCCUGCCUCAGUGCAGCUGCUGCAUCUGUGGCCAAAUGUGCACCAGCGGAGGAAGGACGCGCACUCUUUGCCGGCUGCUUCAUCAGAUAUUCAACAGCACCUUUCUGGAACUCGAAGGACUCUGCGUCAAGUGUCAGCUCGAGGAAACGGGUUGUUCUUUGGACAGUCCUGAGUUCCUCUGUUGGUGUCAUUCUUGUACUUGUCAUUUCAGUAUUGGCAUGGAAGAGGAACAAAGCUCGCAAGGCAAGAGACAGAUCAUUGAGAGGUUUGUAUGGCUCAGAACUUCCUGCAAGUAUGUCUCAUUCAAGUCUGAAUUUUAGUUAUAAGGAUUUGAAGAAAGGGACAAGUGGGUUCAGUUUGGAGAACAAGCUUGGCCAGGGCAGCAACGGUACUGUGUACAAGGCUGUUCUUCAUGGUAGGAAUGAAGUUGCUGCAAAGAGAUUAUUCCUGAACACAAAACAGUGCAUCGAUCAGUUCUUCAAUGAAGUUGAUGUGAUAAGUCAAGUGCGUCACAAAAAUUUGGUGAAGUUGCUCGGAUGCAGUGUGGAUGGCCCUGAAAGCUUCCUGAUAUACGAAUAUCAUUCCAAUAGGAGCUUAGACCUGUUCAUAUUCGGUGGUGACCAGAGCAUGCAUUUGGAUUGGCAGCAGAGGUUUGAUGUUAUUCAGGGCAUAGCAGAGGGCCUGUGCUACCUCCACGAAGAGUCGGAAACCCGGAUCAUUCACCGGGACAUCAAAGCCAGCAAUGUCCUGUUGGAUCAAAAGCUGAAGCCGAAGAUAACCGACUUUGGGCUUGCUCGAGUCCUCUGUGGCGACAGGACUCAUCUUACGACUGGAAUUGCCGGGACAGUGGGUUACAUGGCUCCCGAGUAUGUUGUGCAUGGACACCUCACCGAGAAGGCGGAUGUGUACAGCUUCGGCGUGCUGGUUAUCGAGAUCGUCACCGGGAAGCGGUGUGGUGGAUCGACAGGGUCUCACUCUGGGCAUUCACUUUUAGCAGAGGUAUGGCAUAGUUACAAGGCCAACACGACGGAGAAGGCCGUCGACGCGAAACUGCAGCGCGAGCAGGCUGCCUUGGAGGAGAUCACGCGCGUCGUGCAGGUCGGGCUGCUGUGCGCGCAGGCGAACCCCGGCGAGCGGCCGGCCAUGUCGCGAGUGGUGGAGCUCCUGAGGGACAGGGACGGGGCGCGUGGCGACGCGGGCUUCGUCCUGGGCGACCCGCCGUUCUUCGAGGUCGACGUCGCGGGAGGCGGCGGCGAGACAUCCACGCUGCUGCCCUGCAACCCGACCUCUGGCGAAGUCUCCGGCACGUACUCUGAGUUGAGUGCCAGAUGACUGCUGCACCUGGAGCGCCAUCCACGUUCAAAUGCGGAUUAACGGAAGGCUUGCUUAUGGUGUUCUGAAUGUGAUUAGACAUUUUUCCCGUCUGAGAUGGAAUCACGAAGGAGUUCUUUCGUUGUUUUUUUCCUUUUUCUCAGGAUGCAGGGAAUUGGCAGAGUCAGAAUGUAAUAGGGAAUUGGUGUUUCGUACAUCAGUUCUCGUCGUUGCAGUUUCUUAGGAAUUCCCUGUUACAAUAAUUCCGUACUACAAUAAUUUGUUAGUUAAUACAAGCUCCUCUUUGCUAGGAUUC